UACAACACAUAUUUAGUUUUGAAAACCCUGAAUGUACAUUGGGGUUUGAUUGGCUAGAAUUCGGUUAAACACAUGACCUCAGCUAAGUGAUGGAUUCAAAUGGGGAAAUUGAGGAGAAGCUGGAUGCAGUUGUUCUAGAGUUUUUCAGCACACUGGAUGACUUGUAUAAAGAACAGACGUGUCUUAACGAGGACAUGAAAAAUGGAUUCCUACAAAUGUCAAGAGCUCGUUACAACAUGGGUGCUAAAGCUAUUAGUCAGUCACAAUAUGAUGAGAACAAAAUGGCAGCAUCCAUCAAAGUGGACGUUGAGGAUGGCAGCAAGGGAGGUAAUUUAGUGCUCAUCAGUAACAUGACAUCAGUCGUAAAUGAAAAUCCUGCAGAAGAUGCUUCAGUAGAAACCAUUGGACUAAGAAAACGUAACGUACCAAAAUCUGAACAGAAUAUGUCAACAGAGGAAAAAGAAACAGACCAUCAGGAGAAAAAAGGUUCAGCAGAAACGCCUGUCAGUGUCAAUAAAAAACAAUUUCCUGAUCCACUGAACUGGUUUGGUGUACUAGUGCCACAGAGUUUAAGGCACAGUCAGGCCAGCUUUAAACAUGCAAUAGAACAAACUGUUAAAAUUGCAAAUUUGAAAUUAAAACUUGAAGAGUUGCGGAAAAAUUACAUAGAUUGUAUGGGAAUGAAAGUAAAAGAAAAAUUGAAUUUAGUAGCUGACAAAUAAUCCACAUGGAAUUUACAAAUCAGAAGUUUUAGUAUAAUGGGACCAGGUGGGAUGUCCUGCUAAAAGAUUGUGUUAUUUGUAUGGAAAUGAAAUAAAGGGAAAAAAAUUGAAUAAAUGAAGAAAAUUUAGUAACAGGUGAAUGAAUUUGUGAGCAAUUGUCAUAUGUUUCAGAUUUAAAUGUGUAUGGAAAAUGAAGUCAUAUUAUUAUGUAUUUGCAAUGGGUAAGAUAAUUAUGUAUUUAUUUUACAUGUAUCAACAAAUCGUCUGAUUGUUACAUGAUCCUUUAA